AUGACUUGUGGAGGAUGUUCAGGUGCCGUUAACAGGGUAUUAGGAAAGAAUAUCCAGGCUCCCAAUGCAUACCACAUCUCCCUUCCUAGUCAGACCGUCCUAAUCUGGGGUCCAUCUCUCCCUCCCUUCGACGAGAUCACCGCGAAGAUAGCAAAGACGGGUAAAGCCAUCAACUCGCAGGAGGUAGUAGAGGACGCUACGAAAUUACCUUCUAUUGAGGCGUAG